AGAUUAUAGGAACCAGUUCGCAAGCCCACCUAGCACUCCCGCCCGUUUGCCUGCUCCGUUCUCCUUAGCUUUCAAAAGAUUGCUCAGAACCCGCGUGUAAUGCGUUGACCGCUUCUAGAUGGAGAAAUAACACUAUCCUACUGCCAAAGACAGCUCAACCGGUGCCGUGCAGGCCGGUUCGCGGGGUCUCGCCCCUUGUUAACUUGAGCAGCCUCUUUGCCUCUGCUUGAGGCUCUAGCAGCAUGGUGCGCUUUCACUGGCACGUGGAGGAUGGUCUCGCAGCCUCCGUGCAGCCGGGGCAGCUCACGUAUAUGCGAGACGCGGGCGUGCUCCAGGCGAUGGUCGAAAUCGAGCUCGGGUCGGGAGGCGGCAUCAUGGACGCGUGCCUGCACAUCCCGCCCAACUACACAACGGACGGCGGAGUGAAGGAGUUGGGCGUGGUGGUCGCGCACGGCGACGACGUCAGCGACUGGCGGGGGCGGCUCAUCGUGGACCUAGCCAUCCACCUGGCGCGAGCAGGCUUCUUCGUCAUGCGCUUUAUCGCGCCGCACCCUUCCACACCCGAGUCGCGGCGCGUGGCGCUGUUCGAGAAGGCCGUGGACGUGGCCGCCACGUGCCCCUACGCCCGCAGCGUCAACCGCUGGGUGCUGGCAGGACUGGGCUCGGGCGCGCGGGUGGCGGCGCUGGCGGCGCCGCGUGUGCGCAGCCUGGUGGCUGGGUACGUGUUUCUGUCGUACCCGCUGAGGGAGCCGCUGCACACCCAGGACGCGGCGGGCCAGCCGCUCAGCGCCGGCGACUCCUCGGGGCCGCUGCUGGGCCUGGGCGCGCCCAGCCUCUACAUCUGCGGCGCCGCCGACCCGCUCAUCAGCGAGCACGCGCUGGCGGAGCUGGCGGGCGCGGGGCGACUGGGCGGCCGCGACGUGCGCGUGCUGGUGCUACCGGAGACGGACAACCACUUCCGCAUGCUCAGCGGCAAGGGCCCCAUGCCCGGCACCAUCCGCCUGGUGCUGCACGGUGUGCUGGAGUUCUUGAACGCCGCCGUGGUGCAGCGCCUCGACCUGUGCAAGCUGCCGCACCUGCACACGCACCCGCCGCUGCCGGGCACGGAGACGGUGGGCGUGUGGGACGGCGGCCCGGACGCCGCCGCCGCGGCGGGGCGGCCGCCGCUGCCUCGGCCCGCGUGCUUCAGGCCGUUGCCGGUGGGCCAGCCGCAGCCGCUGUCGCCGGAGGCGGCGGCGGCGGCGGAGCACGAGUACGGCACCAGCGCGGCGGCUCAGAUGCAGGCGCACCUUGCCGUACAGAUCCAGGCCCAGCAGGCUCAGCAGGUGCUGCAGCACCAGCAGCAGGCUGCCAUGCACCAGCAGCGCAUGGCGGCGGCGGCCGCCGCGGGCAUGCACCACGCGCCCCACCACGCGCACGCGCACCACCAGCACCACCAGCAGCAGCAACAGCCGCACCAUGCGGCGGCGGCGGCGGGGCAGUACCGCCGCUCGGACGCGGCGGAGGCAGGGCCGGGCUCGGCGGCGGCCAAGGCCGGCCGUGCCAUGCCGGCCGCCGUCGUGAACCCCCAGAUGGCGGCGCUGACUCAGGCGCUGGCGGACCCGGCGACGGCGGCGCAGAUUGCGGCGGUGCUGAUGCGCAACACGCAGGUGGCGGCGGCGCAGGGCCAGGGGGUGCAGGAGGACGGGGCGCGGGGCGUGGUGGCGGGUGUGCCGGGGAUGCCCGGGCAGGCGCCGCUGAGCGCGGCGGGCGCGUCGGGUGUGUUGGGCGGCCAGGGCGAGGCGCAGCAGCAGCACCAGCAGCAGCACCAGCAGCAGCAUGAGGUGUAUGGGCAAGUGGGGCAGGACGGCGCGGCGACGGACAUGCAUAUGGCGGAUGUGGGCGGGGUAUGAGGUUGGGGCCGCGUGAGCCGGGGCUUGAGGGUGGUGAUUUGCGUGGGUGUGGGGGCAGGGGCUACUGGACGUGAAGACUCCGUGUGACCGUUGGGCGGGGAAACGUUGUGACUGGACCGGACAAGACCGCUUGAGUUCUGGGGCAUCGCCUGAUCGGACUGCAUUGGGUUACAUGGCCUAUGACGGGACUGGAUAGCUGGGUCGGGCAGAGCCGGCCGGCUGCUGACACCGCAAAUGAAAGUGGCUCCCAGACGGCCAGACCUUACAAAGCCAGUGCUCCGCGUGUCACUCGGAAGCCAGUGGGGGGCCUUGUAAGCAUGGUGGGGCACUCUGCCGGUGUCACACGGCAUGUGCGUACCGUACCGCAUGGCGUGUAAGCGAGCACGCCAGGGCGAGUUAGCAACAUGUAACUCUUGGGAAAC